UGGGAGAUACUGGCUGCAUGAAGAGCUUUCUGAGCUUUUCUUGACAAGCUCGCCUUUGAGAAAUCUGAGGUGUAUUCUACCGUUAUACGGUUUUUCUCAAGUGGAUACAAACACCUUUGCCUCACUGCAACCAGACAACUACACAACUGAUGUGGAACCAUGGCGCUGCCCAGAUGCAUGUGGCCAGCUUAUGUUUGGAGAGCAGUAAUGGCAUGCUUGGUACACAGGGGAUUGGGUGCCUCAUUGACUCUUUGUGUGUUGGGCUGUUUGCUUCAGGCUGCCCACGUGCUCUCACAAAAAUUGGAUGAUGGAGACCCACUGGUGACUACCACCUUCGGCAAGAUAAGAGGGAUUAAGAAAGAACUCAAUAAUGAAAUUUUGGGUCCUGUUAUUCAGUUUCUUGGCAUUCCAUAUGCAGCCCCGCCAACAGGAGAACAUCGUUUUCAGCCUCCAGAACCACCAUCUCCUUGGUCAGAUAUCAGGAAUGCUACUCAGUUUGCUCCUGUGUGUCCCCAGAAUAUCAUUGAUGGCAGAUUGCCAGAAGUCAUGCUUCCUGUGUGGUUUACUAAUAACUUGGAUGUGGUUUCAUCAUACGUACAAGACCAGAGUGAAGAUUGCCUGUAUUUAAAUAUAUACGUCCCAACUGAGGAUGUAAAAAGAAUAUCCAAGGAAUGUGCCAGAAAACCCGGCAAGAAAAUAUGUAGAAAAGGAGGUCCCCUUACAAAGAAACAGACAGAUGAUUUAGGUGAUAAUGACGGUGCUGAAGAUGAAGAUAUUCGGGACAGUGGGGGUCCCAAACCAGUGAUGGUGUAUAUCCAUGGUGGCUCAUAUAUGGAAGGGACUGGAAAUUUAUAUGAUGGGAGUGUCUUGGCAAGUUAUGGCAAUGUGAUCGUCAUCACAGUCAACUAUCGACUUGGGGUACUCGGUUUCUUGAGCACAGGGGAUCAGGCUGCAAAAGGAAACUAUGGACUCCUUGAUCUCAUACAGGCUUUAAGAUGGACUAGUGAGAAUAUUGGAUUCUUUGGUGGUGACCCCUUAAGAAUCACUGUUUUUGGAUCUGGUGCUGGGGGUUCAUGUGUCAAUCUGCUGACUUUAUCCCAUUAUUCUGAAGGACUUUUUCAACGAGCAAUAGCUCAAAGUGGAACUGCCCUUUCCAGCUGGGCUGUUAGUUUCCAACCUGCAAAAUAUGCUAGAAUGUUGGCCACAAAAGUUGGUUGCAAUGUUUCAGAUACAGUAGAGUUAGUGGAAUGCCUACAGAAGAAGCCUUACAAAGAACUUGUUGACCAAGAUAUUCAACCAGCACGAUACCACAUAGCCUUUGGACCUGUGAUUGAUGGUGAUGUAAUACCAGAUGAUCCUCAGAUAUUGAUGGAGCAAGGAGAGUUUCUCAACUAUGAUAUAAUGUUAGGAGUUAACCAAGGGGAAGGGUUAAAAUUUGUUGAAAAUAUAGUAGAUAGCGAUGAUGGUAUCUCCGCUAGUGAUUUUGACUUUGCUGUUUCUAAUUUUGUUGAUAACUUAUAUGGAUACCCUGAAGGCAAAGAUGUUUUGAGAGAAACCAUUAAAUUCAUGUAUACUGACUGGGCUGACCGUCAUAACCCUGAAACCAGAAGGAAGACAUUAUUAGCUUUGUUUACGGACCAUCAGUGGGUGGCACCAGCUGUAGCUACAGCAGAUCUUCACUCAAACUUUGGUUCACCCACAUAUUUCUAUGCCUUUUACCAUCAUUGCCAAACAGAUCAGGUUCCAGCUUGGGCUGAUGCAGCUCAUGGUGAUGAGGUUCCCUACGUACUAGGAAUCCCCAUGAUUGGACCUACAGAGUUAUUUCCUUGCAAUUUCUCCAAAAAUGAUGUGAUGCUGAGUGCAGUCGUAAUGACAUACUGGACAAAUUUUGCUAAAACUGGUGACCCAAAUCAACCAGUCCCUCAAGACACAAAAUUCAUCCAUACCAAACCCAACCGCUUUGAAGAAGUAGCAUGGACCAGAUAUUCCCAGAAAGACCAACUUUAUCUCCAUAUUGGAUUAAAACCAAGAGUUAAAGAACAUUACAGAGCCAAUAAAGUAAACCUCUGGUUGGAGUUGGUACCUCAUCUGCAUAAUCUCAAUGACAUUUCUCAGUAUACCUCGACAACAACUAAAGUGCCAUCAACUGACAUCACUUUCAGACCUACGAGAAAAAAUUCUGUAUCUGUCACAUCAGCCUUUCCCACUGCCAAGCAGGAUGAUCCCAAACAACAACCGAGUCCAUUUUCAGUGGAUCAAAGGGACUACUCAACAGAGCUGAGCGUCACUAUUGCAGUUGGAGCAUCACUGCUGUUUCUGAACAUCUUGGCCUUUGCAGCCCUGUACUACAAAAAGGAUAAGAGGAGACAUGAUGUUCACAGGAGAUGCAGCCCUCAGCGCACGACUACGAAUGAUCUGACCCACGCACAAGAAGAGGAGAUCAUGUCCCUUCAAAUGAAGCACACCGAUUUGGAUCAUGAAUGUGAGUCCAUCCAUCCACAUGAGGUGGUUCUUCGGACCGCCUGCCCCCCAGAUUACACACUAGCUAUGAGGAGGUCACCUGAUGAUGUUCCCUUAAUGACACCCAACACCAUUACAAUGAUUCCCAACACUAUACCAGGGAUUCAACCCUUACACACAUUCAAUACAUUUACCGGAGGACAGAACAAUACUCUGCCCCAUCCUCAUCCCCACCCCCACUCACAUUCAACAACCAGGGUAUAGCCAGAUAAGAGAAGCAAACUCUAUUUUUUUGAUGGAUUGCAGUAAAAGAUUACUGAAGAUUCCUUGGCUUUCAACCUACAAGACGCUUACUAUUUAAAUAAGGAGGAAUAUUAUGUGAAUAUACAUAUCAAGAACUUUGGGGGCUUUGAAAAAAACAUGA